AUGGGGAGGGGGGCUAGCUGUCGGGAAGAAGCGGCUGAGUCCGCACCCCUCUGCUCCCGCACCCCCACCCUCCCCGCCUUAAAGCCCCGCGGGGAGCAGGUGGCGGCCGGGGUAGCCGAGCGGAGGAGCCGCCGCCGCAGCCGCAGCAAGCCGGGCGCCCACGGAGGAGAUGAGAGCAGGAGCGGCGCCGCCGGCACCAUGCGCCGCCCGCCUCCGCUGCCCCUGGCCGCACUCUGCCUCUUGGCGCUGCCAGCAGCCGUCGUCGCCUACUUCGGCCUGACAGGAAGAGAAGCUCUGACUCCUUUCCCUGGAGUAAGCUCAGCCACGGCUCCCCUGCAAAGCAGAGCCCACCUGAAGCAGUGUGACCUGUUGAAGCUUUCCCGCAAGCAAAAGCAGCUAUGUCGGCGGGAGCCGGGCCUAGCUGAGACCCUGUAUGAUGCUGUGCACCUGGGUGUCCUUGAGUGCCAGGCCCAAUUCCGCCAUGAGCGCUGGAACUGUAGUUUGGAGGGGAGAACAACGCUCCUGAAAAGAGGUUUCAAGGAGACGGCAUUCCUGUAUGCAGUGUCCUCAGCAGCCCUCACCCAUGCAUUGGCCCGGGCCUGCAGUGCAGGCCGAAUGGAACGCUGUACCUGCGAUGACUCUCCUGAGGAGAACCGCCAGGCCUGGCAGUGGGGUGUGUGUGGGGACAACCUCAAAUACAGCACCAAAUUCCUCAGCAACUUCCUGGGAUCCAAGAAGGGAAGCAAGGACCUUCGUGCCCGGAUGGAUGCCCACAAUACCAACAUGGGUAUCAAGGCUGUGAGGAAUGGUCUGAAGACCACAUGCAAAUGUCAUGGCGUCUCCGGCUCCUGUGCCGUGAGGACCUGCUGGAAGCAGCUCUCCCCCUUCCGGGAGACGGGCCAAUUGCUAAAGCUACGUUAUGACUCCGCCGUCAAGGUCUCCAGCACCACCAACGAAGCCUUGGGGCGCCUGGAGCUGUGGGCACCCCCGAGGUCCAGCCGCCCAGCCAAAGGCACAGCCCCUCGGCCCGGCGACCUGGUGUACAUCGAUGACUCGCCUAGCUUCUGCCGGCCCAGCAAGUACUCUCCGGGCACAGCAGGGCGGGCCUGCUCCCGGGAGGCCAGCUGUGACAGUCUGUGCUGUGGUCGGGGCUACAACACCCAGAGCCGCCUCGUGGCCUUCUCUUGCCAUUGCCACGUGCAAUGGUGCUGCUAUGUUGAAUGCCAGCAGUGCGUACAGGAGGAGUUGGCCUACACGUGUAAGCAGUAGGUCCAGGUUCCCCAGUCUGAGGAUGCUGAGCUGGGCUAGAGACAUCCCUGACCUGUUACACUCUCCUACUGGCCCAGCUUCCACUCUAAGCACACUGACCCCCCACAACCACACUGUUGAGUGUGUGCACCUGGAUGUAUGCUUGCCCACUCCCCACACCUUCCUUCCUCUUUCUACCUUGGCUGUAACCAUUAACUCCUCCAUAAUCUUCAUGCUCCAAACUUGUUGAGGAGGAAUGAGGACACAUGGGACCUCAAGGUCCACCACGUGUCAGUGUCCGUGAUGCGCCAAAGUAUCCCAUUUCAUUAGUUGGGAGAUAGUGUGAUGAAAUGAGGUUGGAAGACUAGAGAAAAGGGGAAAAAACAAGGAGGAUAAGGGUGGCAAGGGGGAGGGGGAGGAUGCUUUUCCCUCUUCAUGUCUGGAAUGAAUGAGGAUUGGAGCUUGAGUAGUCAAGAGAAUCCCCAGAGGGCUGAACUGAGAGAAUUGGGUAGAAGUCACAGAGAGGGAGAUUUUAGCCAUAUUAAGUGCGAGAUGCAAAGAUGACCCUGAAUAGCUUAGUGGCCUGCAAAUACUGGGAGUCAAUGGAAGAUGACAUUAUGUCAAGGGAGGUUUCAGUUACAAACCUGAGCCCUGGGCCCUUUCUAAGAAAAAAAUUCACAUCGGGAAAAAAAAAAAACCAAUUCCUGACAGCUAGAACCGUCUACAAGUGGCUGCCUUGGAAGGUAAGCUCCCUGUCAGUACAAGGUAAAUGACCGCUUGCAGUGAUAUUGUAGCAAAUGUUCCUAUUCAAGGCUAGAUGACCCCUAAAGUUCAAUCUAGUUAUGGGAAAAUACCAUACUGGGAUGCAAUUCCAUACUGAGAAAGGAAAGGAAGCCAGUUGCUGAUGGGAAAGAAAGGAGAGCCUGACUGGGAUGAGUCAAUGCCUUCCUCAAGCAUCAUUAGCUGGGUUUGCAAUAAUGUUAUACUGCAUCCUCCCACCUUCUGGUUUGGGGUGACCUUGCCAGGG